AAAACCCUGAAGAUUCAUGAAGUCCUCAGUCGCGGGGACGGUGGCAACACACGUGCUGCUCGGGCGGCCGGAGGACCAGCCGCGCACACUGGGUCCUCCAGCCCCGCCUCUCUCCUUCCUACUGGUUAGCGGACCAGCCGAAUGCACCCUCUGUCCUCCAGCACCGCCCUAUUCCCUCCUUAUUGGUUGGAGGACCAGCCUCACACCCCUUGGUCCUCCAGCCCCUUACCGUUUCUCCUAUUGGUUGGAGGACCAGACGCAGGCAAACACACCCACCCUCAGACCUCCAACCCCGCCCCAUUCCUUCCUUAUUGGUUGGAGGACCAGCGGCGCCGAAGGUUCUCCUGGCUCGACUGCCCCCUUUCUAUUGGUUGUGAACCGCCGUCAAUCACCCAUUGUGACCUAGCAUGGACCCUGGAAGUGAAGACAAGCGGGCGCGCGGAAAUUGGCAGCCAGUGCAAGUCCAGGGGAGCGGUCUGGAGCAGGCGGCUGGGCUGGGCGGAGAGCUGCAUUAAAAAUCUUUUAUUCCUGAUGAAGGGCUUUAGCGCGAAACGUCAAUUUUCCUGCUCCGCGGAUGCUGCCUGAACUGCUGUGCUCUUCCAGCACCACUAAUCCCGAAUCUGGUUUCCAGCAUCUGCAGUCAUUGGUUUUACCAAGUUAAAUACCUUCAGCCUAUCCUGAAUGAGAGGAUACCAGCUCCUUCCGCCUGAGGGGCCCAGGGUAACGACCUUCGGCCUGGGUGACCAAGCACCUCACAGUCCCCGUGGCCGGGGGGGGAGGUGAACGGGUUCUGAUUUUGGUGGAUUUAUCUUCGCUCUGCAGCCAGGCUUGGGAGAAUUGAAACAGAUGCAGAGAAUGCAGUCGGUCCGGAAGCAUCUGUUGGAGGAACGAUCAGAGUGAAUGUUUCCAGAAGUCGAGGGAAAAAAAAACUGAUUCGAGACAAAAAGAAACUGCAGAUGCUGGAAUCCAAGGUAGACAAGCAGGAGGCCGGGAGAGCACUGCAAGCCAGGCAGCAUCAGGAGCUGGGGAAGUCAACGUUUACGGGAAGCCGACCAGACUCAAGUGUGAGACUCGAAUACUGAAAUAGACGGUGGCAUGGGGUUGAGAUGUCCCUGGAAGGACGAGGGAACUUCUGUUGCUAAGAGACUUGCAGCUUCAGGUGAACAACAGAGGGAAACAGAAAGUCGAGUUGUCCGAGCUGAAUUUCCACCCUCUACCUGCAGUAAUGACCUUUGUAGACUCCUUGUAUUGGAAUUAGAAGGGGAGCAUUUCCAGAUGGGAAAUGCAAACCAAGCGCCACUUCAAGGUCAUCAGAGCCUCAAUGUCAUCCACUUCUGAAUGUUGAAAGAGAGAUGUUUGUGGGAAAAUAUUCUGAGCAUCACCGUGACUGGAAAAGCGCUGAGGUGGACACUGACACGGACACCUGAAAGAGACUGUUGCGACAAAAUGUUUUAACCUGCCUGAAAAAAAACCUAACUGAUCGCAGCAGGAAAAACUGUACGUGUUCUGUGUGGAUGAGGACUCAACUGAUCAUCCUACCUGGAAAGUCGCCAGGGUGCUGGCACCAUGGAGAAACCAUGGAAAUGUGAAGAUUGUGGGAAGGGAUUUAGUUAUCCUUCCCAGCUGGACGUUCACCGGCGCAGUCACACCGGGGAGAAACCAUGGAAAUGUGGAGACUGUGGGAAGGGAUUCAAUUACCCAUCCCAGCUGGGAAUCCAUCAGCGCAGUCACACCGGGGAGAAACCAUGGAAAUGUGGAGACUGUGGGAAGGGUUUCAAUUGCCCAUCCCAACUGGAAACACAUCGACGCAGUCACACUGGCGAAAGACCGUUUGCCUGCUCAGAGUGUGGCAAGGGCUUCACUAAACUGUCCAAUCUCACUGUCCACCAGCGUGUUCACACUGGGGAGAGACCUUUCACCUGCUCUGUGUGUGGGAAGGGAUUUGCAUUGUUAGCCAGCCUGCAGGGGCACCAGCGCGUUCAUACAGGAGAGAAGCCAUUCAGCUGCACUUCCUGUGGAAAGAGUUUCAGAUAUUCGUCCACACUCAUUGAACACCAGCGAGUUCACACUGGGGAGAGACUCUUCACUUGUACCGAGUGUGGGAAGGGAUUUACUCAGUCAUCCACCCUACUGAGGCACCAGCAGGUUCACGGUGGGGAGAGGCCAUUCACCUGCUCCGAAUGUGGGAAGGGAUUCACGCAGUUGUCCCACCUGCUCACGCACCAGCGCAUUCACACCAAUGAGAAGCCCUUCCUCUGCACUCGCUGUGGAAGGAGUUUCAGGCAUUCAGGCAGCCUCACCUCACACCAGCGCGUUCACACCGGGGAGAGACCAUUCAGCUGCUCUGUGUGUGGGAAAUCAUUCACCGAAUUAUCCAGCCUCAUUUCUCACCAGCGACUGCACACAGGGGAGAGGCCGUUCAGUUGCUCGGAGUGCGGGAAGGGAUUCACUCAGUUGUCCCACCUACUGUCGCACCAGCGAGUCCACACUGGGGAGAGACCGUUCAUCUGCGCUCACUGUGGAAAACGUUUCCGGCAUUCAGGCAGCCUAACUGAACACCAGCGCAUGCACAGUGAGGAGCAGCCGUUCACCCCCAUUGAACACGGGGAAGGAUUCACUCAGCGAACGAGCCCAGUGGUACCCCAUGAUAAUUCUGUGUUCACUGUUGAUGUACGUUGUGAACAGGUGUUAAGGAGGCUUCAUAAGGAUGGGAGGAUUUGCAGUCAGGAACCAGAAACUGAAAUGUCCCAUCAGGCCCAACACACCGUCAGCUCAAAUCGUGGUCGAGAUUUCAACGUGGAAGCAAAUAGUGGCAGAGACACGGGAGAGAAAUCGCACGUCUGUUCUACGUGUGGACGAGGCUUCGGCCAACUGUGUGACCUGGCGAGACACAUUCGCUGUCACACCGGGCAGAGGCCGUUCACGUGUCAGGUGUGCGGACGUGGCUUCAACCAAUCAUCCGGCCUGUCUGAACAUAAAUGCAGUCAGAGCCGGGAGAAGCCGUGGAAAUGUGGGGACUGCGGGAAGGGAUUCCGAAUCCCCUCUGAGCUGGAAGCCCAUCGGCGCAGUCACACGGGGGAGAGGCCGUUCACCUGCCCCGAGUGCGGCAGAGGAUUCAGUCGGUCAUCCACUUUGCAAAAGCACCAGCGGCUUCACACCGGAGAGAAGCCGUUCGCCUGCUCCGAGUGCGGGAGGGCGUUCGCGCAGUUGUCCGACCUUCGGACCCACCGGCGAGUCCACACCGGGGAGAGGCCUUUCACCUGCUCUGAGUGCGGGAAGGGGUUCGUUCAGUCUUCCACUCUGCAGAAGCACCGGCGGGUUCACACCAGGGAGAGGCCGUUCACGUGCUCCAGGUGCACGAAGAGAUACACUCAGUUAUCCGACCUGCUCAGACACCAGCGGGUGCACACCGGGGACAGGCCGUUCGCUUGCUCCGAGUGCGGGAAGGGAUUCACUCAGUCCUCCCACCUGCUGAGUCACCGGCAGGUCCACACUGACAGGAGACCUUUCAAAUGCCCAGACUGUGGGAAGUGCUUCAAAAGAUCUGGGGAGCUGACACGCCAUCAACUCAUUCACACCGGUGAGAGGCCGUUCAGCUGCUCUCACUGCGCGACUGGGUUCAGGCAGUUGUCUGACCUCACUAAACACCAGUGGGUUCACACCGAGGAGAGGCUGUUCACCUGCUCCAUGUGCGGGAAGGGAUUCGCUCAGUCAGCCACCCUGCUGACACACCGACGCAUUCACACUGGGAAGGGGCUGUUGACCUGCGCCAAAAUUGUUUUGAUCAUGAGGACAUUAUGGAAAUCCUGCAAAACCAAGGACGGCGGCCUGAAACUGGGCUGCACAAUAGGGGUCACGGAAGAGCCGAAGGAGCAACUGGCGUUUGGAACCCUCCACUGCAAUGUUCUCGUUUGGAGUCUGGGGUCUGCAGAAGGUCUCAAUGAAGCCUCCCUUGAGCAAGCCAGGCGCCUCCUACCUGCCCCCUCCGCCCUCGCGGCCGCUUGUCUCCAGCCUCAGCGCAUGCUCCAGGUCUCACCGGUCCUCCUGGUGAUUGACGGUGGCCCUGGACCAAUUAGACGGGUGGACGUUGUUGACGGACAAAGGGGAAUAUUACAGGAAUCCAGCCAACCCAACGUCUCAUCAAAAUCUAACAAAUAUUCAUCAGGACCUAGAUAUUAUCGACCUUUGAGAGAUUUGAGCAUGGAAGGAAAGAGUACCGUUCACAGCGAAGAGGAACCGUAUAUGUGUUCUGUAUGUGGGCAAGGGUUUAGCCAAUCAUCUGACCUGUCAGAACACAAUUGCAGUCAUGAGAAGGACAAGAGCUGGACAUGCGGGGACUGUGGAAAGGGAUUCAAUUAUCCAUCUCAGCUGGAAGCUCACCGCCGUUGUCACACAGGGGAGAAACCAUUCACCUGCUCCAAAUGUGAGAAGGGUUUUACUGCCUUAUCUACCCUGGUGAUACACCAGCGUGUUCACACUGGGGAGAAACCUUUUAAAUGCCUCGUCUGUGGGAAGUGCUACAAGCGUUCUGGCGAAUUGAUGGCUCAUCAACGUGAUCACACCGAUGAGAGACCUUUUAAAUGUACACACUGCGAGAAAUGUUAUAAAACGUCUGGCGAACUGAUGUCCCACCAACGUGUUCACACUGAUGAGAAACCGUUCAGGUGCUCUCACUGCGGGACUGGGUUCAAGAGGUCGUAUGAGCUCACUGUUCACCAGCGAGUUCACACUGGGGAAAGGCCAUUCAUCUGCUCCAAGUGUGAAAAGAGAUUCACUUGUUCAUCCAACUUGCUGAAACACCAGCGACUUCACACAGGGGAGCGGCCGUUCAUCUGCCCUGACUGUGGGAAGGGGUUCACUCAGUUAUCCAGCCUGCAGGUGCACCAGCGAAUUCAUACUGGGGAGAGGCCAUUCACUUGUUCAGAGUGUGGGAAGGGAUUUAUCCAGUCAUCGAAACUGCUGACACAUCAGCGAUUUCACUCUGGGGAAAGGCCGUUCACCUGCUCUGAGUGUGGGAAAGGAUUCACAACCUCAUCCCACUUGCUGACACACCAGCGAGUUCACAAGUAGCAACAAGUGAUUGGAGUUUGCUGGGAGGGGUGGUGGUUAAUCACAUCCAGGACUGAACCACGUUCAUUGGGGUCUGCUUCAGGUGAUGUUACUGAAUUUCUUAUAAGGUCUAAUAAUGCAGAUGAAAGUCAAAUAAAUCAGCUUUGUGUUCAGCA